AUGCCAAAAUUCAACUUGAUUUCCCGUCAGAAUCCUCAAAAUUCUCAAAUUUCCCGCAAUUCCCCCACCACAACAUCGACAAUAUCGGCCAUAACUCCGAACGUUGGUGACUACUACGAUCCCGGCACCCCCGACCUCGCGCAUAACCUCACGCGUGUGUUGUUUCGGCCGGUGGAAGCGGUCGGCGCAGGAGACGGUCCGGGCGCGGGCCCGGACCCGGCCUCCUCCAUGAAUCAGCAGCUGGGAAUCCUGACGGUGGCCCUGGUGCUGGGCCAGAUGUUGCAGCGCGCCAGGGCGGGACGUGUGUCGACGCAAGUGGGCGAGGAGUACCGGUUUCAGCCGCGGCGGACGGGCUUCGGCGUCGCCGACCCGCGACUCGGCGACAUGGAUUAUGGGGGUGGGAAAUUGGGCGUAUAAAUAUGGGAUAGAAAAAUAGAAAAAGUACUACAGUGGCGGAUCGGAACCAGUGGCAAAACACGUACCAUUUUGCAUCCGGGAAGUAGCAAAAAAUGUAGCAAAAUGCCUCCCUCCCCAAGCGAAAAACUUCAAUUUCAAUGGCGGGUCCGCAAUUUUGUGAGGCGCGCCCUUCAAAACGGAGUUUUUUGAUUGGAGGGAGGUAUUUUGCCACAUUUUUUGAUACUUCCCGGAUGCCAAAUGGAACAUUUUUCGCCGCUGGAUCAGGUUCGUAGAUGGGCAGUGCGCGCUGAACAUGCACUGCAGUGAUAUAUUAAACCACUUGUGAUGGCGACGCAAAGAAACCUCUAGACUUCCUCCCAGCUAGUAAAAAAAAACACAAUUUUUUUAAUCUUCAUUGACAGAAGUCGUUUCAGGCCCUGUCCAGAACAAAUUCCAAUGCUACUCCUGCAUGUCCAUGUCCUACCAGAACAACUGGGACCGUCUGCAACAUUUGUACGUGCAGCCAAAAGUUUUCACGGACCGCUGCGAAAAUCCGAGCGCCUUCGACAAGAUGCCCACAAUUGAGUGCGGAUCGGUCUGUGUGUCGCUGGUGGAGGCUAAUGUGGAAGGAGGUGGGGUGUUUUUAUCUUGUCAGUGGGACUGUCAGUCUGUCGGGAAAAUAGUGUGGAUUUGUCGCGCCAUGAAAUCGUCAAUUAUCGCUUUGCGACGGCUGUGCGACUGCGGCAAGGCUUGCAACUUUGCUGCGCCAAAUCCACAUUAUUUUCCCGACAGAUAGAGCUGGCAAAAAACUGGUAGUGUUGCAACAGGCUUAUUGUUAAAUUUUCAGGGGUAUUCAUGGGUUUCAAGUACAUUCGCGGGUGUAUUAAUCGAAUAUUGACGCAUGAUUUCAACUUGAGCGCACUUAGGACACAUCGACUCACACAGGUAAGGCAUUUGGCGUUAUCACAAGUUUUGAUAGCCUUUUCAAACACAAGGAAGUUCUGCAAUUUUAUAACUUACAAUAAAUCUCUGACCGAUUUUCUAUGGAGGCCAAAAAAGUUAGAUACGUGACCUAACAACACGGUCGUUUUGUUAAAUUUGGGCUAGGCGUUAUGGUAAAUUCCUCUUCGCAAAUAUUGAUCAACAUUUUUAAUUCGAAAACUCAGAUUCAAAUUCAGGUGGAUGUGUGCCGAAACAUGCCUCGGGCGGUUUUGUUCAAUAACCCAAAAACCGCGCCCCAGGUCUUCGGCGAAGUGAACGUGUGCACCUGCUAUGGAGAUCGCUGUAAUUCCGGCGAAAGUGCGGCCGCGCUUUUAUCACCAUCAUGGCGAUUGGCCAUUCUGGCCACACUGAUUAUUCAAUUAAUCUCACGGAUUUCCCUCUGA